AUGUACCGCCUGGUCAUUCUCCCGGCUCUCACGUACGGGAGUCCGGUGUGGUGGAGUGAGGACCACGUAUACUGCCGCUUGCAUGCACGUCUGAUCACGGUACAGCGCGUCGCUCUUUUAGCCCUGACGCGCGCUUACCGCACCACCAGCACGGCGGCACUGCAGGUGCUGAUGCGUGCGCCUCCCAUCGACCUCGAGCUAGAGCGCGUGAAUGCAGAGUUCCGCCUCUUCACACUGCGCCGACACGGUGCAUUCGGUGCCUGUCGGUUCCGUCCCUCCUGGGUGGCGGACGCGCACGAACACUCGACUAUCCAUCCGUCGGUUCCGGCGGCAGUGCCGUUCAUGCGCCUCACUAGUGCGCAGGCGCGCGUUGCUUCCCACGCCGCGGCCGUACACGUCUAUACUGACGGCUCGUUUUCUGCGCUAUCGGCUGGCGCGGCGUUCGUCGUACUCGCGAAUCCCACCCGUGUCCUGGGCGUCAGACGCUUUAAGCUUACUCGUGCAACGUCCGCAUACACCGCGGAGGUUGUUGCCUUCCGGGAGGCCGUAUUGCACGCGCUCUCGGUGCGCUAUACGUUGCCCGUGGCAUUCUACACGGACUGCCGUUCGCUCCUUCAGGCCCUGGCGUCACAGCGUAAUGCCGAGCCGCACGUGCUCGACUUACGCGUACUGCUGCGCCGUCUAUCGCGCUCCGUGCCUCUGCAUGUAUUCGACGUGCCUGGCCAUUCGGGAGUGUUUGGCAACGAGGUGGCGGACUUCUUAGCGCAGCGAGCUGCUAUUCACGGCCAUGACCGCUCGUUGCCGCUCCCAUUCAGGGCGGUGCGGCAGCAACUACGCCGCGAGACGCUCAUUCUAUGGACGGCCCGAUGCCGCCACCCAGGAGGGACGGAACCGACAGGCACCGAAUGCACCGUGUCGGCGCAGUGUGAAGAGGCGGAAACAAAGACAGGCUUUUUUGAAUUUCUUCACUUUGAUAUUCAGAGCACUGGGCAGAAAUCACAUUGCAUCAGCACCGAUCAACGGCCCUCGCAAUGCUUUGUUUUAAUUAGACAGUCGGAUUCCCCCGGUCCGUGCCAGUUCUGA